AUGCUAGUGCAAAAAGCGUUCUUAUAUUCUGGGACGGGACGGAGGGAGUACUUGUUGGCGCACGGACAGAGGCACGAUUCGCAGUUCGCAGUUCGCACAGCCGCCCCGUUCGUCUCUCUCUCACUCAGUCUCUCGCUUCAAGGUUCCGGCCAACCAGCUGCAAUGGGCUCCGUGGCGGUGCCGCCGUGCCACGUCGUGGCCGUGCCGUUCCCUGGCCGCGGCCACGUCAACGCCAUGCUGAACCUGUGCCGCCUCCUCGCCGCCCGCGACGGCGUCUCGGCCACCGUCGUCGUCACCGAGGAGUGGCUCGGCCUGCUCGGCGGUCCCGCGCUCGCGCCGGGCGUCCGCCUCGAGGCCGUCCCCAACGUCAUCCCCUCCGAGCACGGCCGCGCCGCCGACUGGGCCGGGUUCGUGGACGCCGUGUACAACAAAAUGGAGGCGCCGUUCGAGCGCCUGCUCGACCGUAUCGGGGCCGCGCCCGCGGCCAUUGUGACCGACACGUUCGUGCCGGGGGCAGUGCGCGUCGGCAACCGGCGGGGCGUCCCCGUGUGCAUCCUCUCGGCGCUCGGCGCCACCAUGUUCUCCGUGCACUACCGCUUCGACCGGUUGCCCACGGCUUCCGGCGGUAGCGCUGACAUGACCGAUGUCACUGAUGAUCCUUGUCUGAUGGAAAACUACAUUCCUGGACUCAAGUCGAUCAGGCUUGCCGAUCUUGAGCCCACGCACUCCGACAAGAUUAGGCUGGACAAAAUCCUUGAAGCAUACCCGUAUGUGAGGAAAGCGCAGUGUGUCAUCUUCACCUCAUUCUACGAACUCGAGAGCAACGCCAUUGACUUUCUCAGGCAAGAGCUCCCCUGCCCUGUGUUUGCCGUUGGUCCUUGCAUCCCCUUCUUGGCACUCCAAGAAAACCAGGCCGAUUCAGAGGAAGAAAAAGGCUACAUGACUUGGCUGGACACACAGCCGGCGAGCUCAGUGCUCUACGUCUCACUCGGCAGCUUCCUCUCGGUGUCGCCCGCCCAGAUGGACGAGAUCGCCAUCGGCCUUGCGCAGAGCAAGGUCAGGUUCCUUUGGGUGCUGCGCGACGCGUGCGGCCGCGUGCAGGGCUUGGCUUGCGGUGGUGGAAGCGACGGCGUGGUUGUCCCAUGGUGUGACCAGCUCAAAGUAUUGUGCCAUCCCUCCAUUGGUGGGUUCAUCACCCACUGUGGCAUGAACUCGACGCUGGAGGCGCUGUACGCCGGCGUGCCGAUGCUGACUCUGCCGAUAGCCUUCGACCAGCCGAUCAAUAGCCGGCGUAUCGUCGAUGAGUGGAAGGUCGGGUACAGCCUCAAGGAGAAAGCCCGGGCCGACGGCGUCAUUGGUAGAGAGGAAAUCGCGGAAACCGUGAAGAGGCUGAUGGACUGUGGUGAUGGCGAGGGCACGAGGAGGAGAGCUUCGCUGCUGAAGGAGGCUUCUCGCGCCGCUGUUGAAGUGGGUGGUUCCUCGGACAGAGAUAUGACGUCUUUCAUCAAUUACAUUUCACAGUUCAAGAACUGA